UUAUAUUUACAUUAGAAAGUUAACAUAUGUUAAUUUUUUGAAAUUUUAACACUAUGGACGAGCAAAAUAUUCCUAUCGACAUCAACACGAACAAGUUAUUGGACUGGUUGAUAAGUAGAAGACAUGUGAAUAAAGAUUGGCAAAGUAACAUCUUAAAAAUAAGAGAGAAAAUUAACAACGCCAUUCAAGAUAUGCCAGCUCACGAGGGUAUCAUAAAAUUGCUUUCAGGUCAGCACAUUAAUUAUUUUCACUGUCUAAAAAUUGUUGACAUACUAAAAGAAACUGAAGCGGAUUCUAAGAAUUUGUUUGGAAGGUACGGUUCUCAACGGAUGAAAGAUUGGCAAGAUAUAGUGUCUUCGUACCAAAAAGAUAACGUUUACCUCGCGGAGAUUGCUCAAAUGCUAGUAAGAAAUGUUAGCUAUGAAAUACCUGGUUUACGAAAACAGGUAGCCAAAUUAGAACAGUCACAGCUGGAAUGUGAGAAAAAAAUAAAAGAUUACUCUAAAAUAGAAUCUGUGGCAUUGAAGGAAUUUAAUUCAUCUUGCGAGCAACUAGGAAUUGCGGGAAAGAAAAUCAAACAAGAACUGAUAGAGCUACUUAAGCAAUUACCAAGUCUCUAUAAAGGUACUGCGGAGAAAAUAAAAAUUGUAAAACCUGCAAUUCAAUUGUAUACUGAAUUUAAUAAUUUCUUGUCUGGUAAAAAUACCAGCACUGAUGUUCUAACUAUCUUAAAAUAUCUAGUAGAAAAUGGGAACACAACUACUUACGAAUAUAUUUAUGGAGAAAAGCCCAUCACCAUAGAAGAGCAGAGUCCCUUAAAUGUAGACGAAAUAAAUAUCGAUAGUGACAAAAUUGAUUUUGGAGAUAACGGUGCUGAAAUUGACUUUCAAAUAAACACAGAAAAUGAAGGUAUUGACUUUGAUGAGAACCAAGACAUUGAUUGGGGUUCGUCGAGUCCGGAAGAGGACUUUGAAAUUGUUACCCAUGAAGAUAUAGAAAUAAAUCUGGAAGAAUCUGGCAUCGUCGUAGAAAAAUCAGGAAUAGACGGCGGUGUCGCUAAAGGCGACGAGGCGCUUACAAUUCUAGAUAACCCGAAAACUCGCGAACAAAUUAUUAACAACUUAAUGGAGCUCAGUGCGUUCUUGAAAAUGCGUUUAUAUGAAAUGUCGAGUGACUCGGAUUUGCUAGCCAUGUCCCAAAUGCAGGACGCACCCACCAUUUUGCAGAUGCAGACGGUGGAGUCUGUCGCUAUGUUAAACGACUGCGUUAAUGUGGCAUUAGACGAGCUAACAAAUAAGCGAAUUUCACAUUUACACAAUAUCAAGCAUUCCCCAAAAUAUGUUGACAUUUUAUCCGCAAGCCUAAAACAGAAAUUAUCUGUGGUCGAGAAGAUGAGGGCAAGUAAAUCGGCACUCGAAAAGAAGAUCAAGGAAUUACGAGAGGAAGCUCAAGGCAUUGAACCUGUUAUAAAAUUGCUUAUCGAAAGAACUAAACAGUUGCAGAAGGACAUUCAGGAAGAUAUUUCUAAGAAAUAUAAGGGGAGGGUAGUCAAUAUAGUGGGAGGGGUAAAUAUGCUGUAAAAAUAUUUUAGAUUGUUCUGUAAGUAGCUUUUACGUGUUUAAUUAUGUAAUUGUGUUAUAGUUUUACUGUACAUAAAUUAAUAGGUAAUUAUUUCUAUUUAAAAUAAAGUUAUUUUGCAUUCCAAUGUAUAUUAGUGAACCUUAAACUU